CGGUAGCUCUGUCGCCGGCUAUCUCUUUUGACAAAUUACUAAACCUAUUUCGUUACUCAUUUCAAACAACUUAUGGAGUCGACUACAGCCUACUGAAUGUCCAAGAUGGCGCAGGCCUUCAAGAUCCCAGAAAGUUUCCCGUUCACUUCCAUGGACUUGUCUACCUUACUGGUCUUUAUUGUCACCUUUGUGCUAGCUGUGAGAUUUUUUAAGGUGAAGGGACACGUACAAGGGAACCUACCACCGCUGGUGCCAGGGGGGUGGCCUCUGGUCCACCACAUGCCAGCUUUCUUUACGAAAAAUCUGCCUCUCCAACUUCACAAGUGGGCCAAAGAGUUCGGCGACGUUUACCGUGUGAAGUGGUUUAUGAAUAAGGAAGUACAUGUUGUGAGUGGAUACACGGCUAUCAAGGAAAUGCUGGAGAAAGAUGAGUUUUGUACACGGCGUGAUAGAUAUGUCGAGAUUGCUGUGGGAGGUGAUCAGGACAUUUUAAUGGCUCCGUACGGAGAAGUCUUCAAGAAACGGCGGCGAUUUGCAACCAGUGUCUUCAGGCGUCUUGGAGUGAAGAUGGGUCAAGGGAGUAUAGAAUAUCAAAUUCAAGAAGAGGCACGUUUUAUCUGUGUCAAGAUCUCCGGAUACAGCGAGCAGCCGUUUGACGUCUCCUCCGACCUGACAACUGCCGCAGGGAACAUCAUCUGCGCCCUGGUGUUUGGGAAACGGUUCGACUACGGAGAUACCAGAUUCCAACAUCUGCAGACGACGAUGAAGAAACUUGGAGAGGAGAUGGCCAGGUGGCAAAUUCCUUUCAUCACCUUUAUCCCAUAUGUUCAAGAUCCAGCCGCGGGACUGCGCUUCUAUUCCAAGAAACUACAACUGUUCAUCCGUGAGGAAAUAGAUCGGCACCGUCUGAAUCUGGACCCGGAGAAUCCAAGAGACUUCAUAGACUACUGCCUGCUCCAACUGGCCCAGCAGGACGGGAACGAAAUAUGGAUGAAUGACGACAACGUGGUGUAUAUUCUUCAGGACCUCUUCGUGGCAGGGACGGACACCACGGCUGCCACACUGACGUGGGCCCUGCUCUACAUGAUCCUUUAUCCGGAUGUACAGCAGAAGGUCCAGGCCGAACUUGACAGUGUGCUUGGCGCCACCAAACCGAAUCUGGCACACAGAGACCAGCUUCCCUUCACCGCUGCCACCAUCAUGGAGUCCCAGCGAAUCCGCCACAUCGCAGGUUUAAUGUUCAUUCGCGAUACAGCUGAGUCAACACGCCUCCGUGGUUUCGACAUUCGGAAGGGGAAAAAACUGGUUCCGAACCUUAGGUCCGUCCACAUGGACCCUGAGGUCUGGCCCAAUCCGGAUGAGUUUGACCCCAGCCGGUUCCUAGAUGCGGAAGGCAAGGUUGUGAAGAAUCCACCAUCGUUCUUACCCUUCUCCGCAGGCCGUAGGAACUGCUUAGGUGAGCAGCUGGCGAAGAUGGAACUCUUCCUCCUGUUCUCCACCAUCCUGCAGCACUUUACGCUAAAGGUGCCAGAGGGCGCUCCUACACCUUCAACCGAAGGGAUCAACAAGUCGUUGAGCAUGGGGCCUGUGCCUUUCCAACUUUGUGCCGUCUCUCGCUGAUGUUAAAGUUAUUACAAGGAUAGAUACGUGUUGAUCCCUUGACUUCCAUGAUCAGAAUAGAUAGAAAAGAUAAUAACGUAGAGAACGUUUUUUUUCAGCACACGUCAUGGAAACGUUUUAGGUUUCCGCUUAGAUCCGCUUAGAGACUUCUAAAUUUGUAGUGCUUUACCCCCAACGUUUAGAUUAUCUAUGCAAAACCAGAUAAUGUUCAGAAAGCUAAAACUUUAUAUUAUUUCACGUUAUUAUUAAUCAGUUGAUUUAUUAAUUAGAAUUACAAAUUCAGAAUGUAACGAAUUUAGCCUCUGAUACAUUUUGAUGACUAAACUUAGAAAAGAGUGUCCAUCUAUCCAUAAUUAUCUAUUUAUUUAUUUAUCUAUGUAAUAUUGGUGAAUUGUAAGGUCUAUAUUUCAUCUUUUAUCUCCAGGAAAUCAUAUGCUCAGCUUUCCAGAUGUUUAAAAAUCCCAUCCUCCUACGCACGGUCCCCAACGGCACAAGCUGACUGCCUGUUGGGACCCUGCUGUCUGGAGGCCCACCAGCGGUUACUGUGAUUGUCGCCACAAACCAGCUGUCAGCCAAUAAGAGAAUAGGCUUUUUUGUUUUCGAAAGGGACCUCGCAAAGGCCUGAUUGGGCGCUGAUUGAAUGAUUCCCACAUAAGGGUAAGCCCAUUAAUAUUUAUAAGCAGGGCGGUCAGUAACUGAUCUGAGUGCUCCAGACAGCAGAGGUGACCACAAGGAGUUUCGACACGAUUGUAGUCCUUCUGCGUAGGUGAAUGAAAAAUCCAUGGUAUCAAGAAAAAGCUCAACAAGUUACUUGAUAUUAAAUUGUUGUCAUUAGUGCUAUUUGCGGUAUUCACAAUUAUAGGAUGCAACUUUACCAACCAUGUCGGGUUAUAAAGCUUAUAGAGUAAGGUCAGUAUAUUUCCGACAAAAAAAUUAAUAUCAAUUUUACAUUUUAUUAUACUAUGUCACAUUACGUUAUGUAGGUGUGUGUGGACAACUUCGUAACUUAAUCAAAUGAGAGAGAGGAUUAGGAUAAGACAUUAAAGGGGAAGUAGACAUUAAGGUUAACUCUAGCUCUAUGGAAAUGGAGAAGAAGAAAGAAGUGUCAGUAGCUAGAUGAAUGUA